AUGACCGACAGCGAGCUUCUCGCGGAACUUCAGCGCUUACGAGCCCAGUUCGAUCAACAAAGCGCCGCUCAGGCCGACGCCCUGCGCAAACUGCAAUCCGCCGUCGACCACCAAACCGUCACUGCGGCCGCUGCGGCGGUCGCCCCACCCGGCCAACGCCAGCCAAUGGACUACCGCGCUGCGUUGCGCAGUAAUCCUGAGUCGUCGCUCGUCUCUGGCUGGCUUGGAAGGGCCCAGACUAACAACACCCUCCCCUCGAACGGCCUCAGCAGCGGCAGCAGCCCGGCCCCUCAGCGCGUCCUGCGCGAGGAUCUGCAGCUGAUCAUCCGCGGCACCACCGCCUCGCUCACCAACCCUCUGCGCGACCAUCCCGAUGAGGUCGUCAAACGCGCCAACCGUACGAUCAAAGAUGCAUGCGACGCCGCCAAACCGAAGAAGAUUGCGCCCAUCCGGGCCUCUACCGGCUUCGUCCUCCCCAGCGGCGACGUCCUACUGCGCUGCGACAGUGUGGCCGACGUGCGCCAGUUGGUCGAGCUCGACACCCCCGACGAAUCAUGGUGCGCCGUCUUCGGCCCCAAAUCCCACCUGAAGCUGCCAACAUUCGCUGUUGUGGCCCACGGUGUUCCCCUCGACUUCGAACCCACCGCCGCCGACGCCGCCAACUCGGCAAUUCGACUGGGCUUGGCGCUGAAUGGCCGGGAUCACGACUGCCAGUUCUUCGACGGCAGUCAUCGUCUGCAGCAGUGCUUCCACUGCCAAAUGUAUGGCCACAUCGCUCGCAAUUGCAGAAGGCAGGCCCAAUGUGCGUACUGCGCGGGUCUGCACGACUCCAAGGAGUGCACGCAGCCUCGCAAUCAUGCGGCUGCCAAGUGCGCAGUGUGUAUUCGAUUCAAUGAGACCGCUACUGAUCGAGUGGCCGUCAACCACUUCGCGUACGAACGGGAGUGUCCUCGGCGUGCCGAGAAGCUCGAGUUGUUGCGCAUCUCGCGCGCUCAGGGCCCUGUCUUGCAUCGUACGCCCUCCACCGCCUCUUCCCCUGCUGCAUCUUCCCUAUCUGCAUCCCUAGACAUGUGCAAACCCUCUCCCAUGGGCAGGGGUAAGGACCCAUGA